UCGUCUCUGCAGCUCCCGAACAGCACUGAACAGUACCACUUCCUGCUGCGCUGAUCGUGUGUUCCUGAUCUCCAGUGAAGCCUUUCUUCUACUGUCCCGCACUAAGCCUAGGGCUCUAUCAAGCAGAGCCAACGCGUCUAUCACUCGUCAGAUUCGACCACUCCGUCGUACGAACCACUUGCCAUCAUGUUGCCGCGCAUAGUCUAUUCCCUCCUCCUCUCCGUCCUCUUGCUCCACUCCUUCGCGUCGUACGCCGACGCCGGCAGAAACAGCCCGCUAAACACGCUAGUAAAGAGAAUCCGAGCGCUCCCAUCCAAGUUUUUCAAGACCCGCAAUCGCGGCGUCGGAAAGGGCGGGAGGGUUUCGCGCUCCGGAAAGACGCAGUCCGCCAAUGACGAAGGGGUCGGCCCGAUCAUUUACAAUGGCGGCCCCGUUGUGACCGGCUCGCCACACGUUAACAUCUAUCUGGUUUACUACGGAAACUGGCCUAAGGGAUACGGGCAGAACAUCAUCGAGAAUUUCGUCAAGUCGCUGAGCAGCAAGAACGGGAAGCAGGGCGGGCAGGGCGAGAACUCCGUUAAGAACUGGUUCGCUGUUGCGGGGAACUACUACAUGACGAACAACGAGACGAACAAGGACAGAUACGUCGGAACCAGGGCGCGUCUAGCGGGAGUAGCGUACGACCGCUUCUCCAUGGGCAAGGGGCCGCUCUCGCCGUCCGACAUCGCCACCAUCGCGCGCUGGCAGAUCGGGCCGGACAAGGCGCUCAGGUUCGACGCCAAGGGCGUGUACUUCGUGCUCACGAGCAACAUCGUCGAGGUCGACGGCUUCUGCACCAACUACUGCGGCUGGCACACCAAGGCGCCGCACUACCUCGGCUCCUUCAACCUUGGUUUCGUUGGGGACCAUGGCAGCUGCCCCGACCCCUGCAUGCCCGAACCUGCCUCGCCUAACUGCAACACGGCGAUGGACGCUACAGUGUCGACGCUCGCUAACGAGCUGGUGGACACGAUCACUAACCCGGACACGGAAACCGGGUGGAUGAUGGGGGAUGGUUCUGAGGCGUCGGACAACUGCGUGGGGAAUUACGGGAAUGACACGGUGGAGGUCAACUACGCGCGCAACAAGGACGGCUUCCAGUUCCGUUAUAAUCUCGUCGGCAACAACGGCAUGAAGUUCCUUAUAUCGAAGACGUGGGACCGCUAUGAGAACCAGUGCAUGCUGCAGAACGACCUGCCCGAGGAGAACACCCCGUGCCCCAAUCUACCUGCCUGGAUCCGCCCUCGCGUCUGCAGCAUCUUCAACCGGUGCUGUGGCUAGACCGGAUUGCGGGCAGGCACCGCUGCGGCUGCGAUGCUGUGCACCGCCAUAGCUGCUGCUGCUUCUUCCACACAAUAACUUCAAAUGUUUGAGCACACCUGAGCACGCCUGGGCAUACCUGAGCCACCUGCCUCUCGCGCUCUUCAACGUGGGUGCUGAUUCCCUUCAUUUAUCCCCUUAUCUGCCUGCCUUCGGUUGGCUUCUUCUCUUCCUUUCCCCUUUUCCUGUGGUCCCGUUUGCCGGUUCUAGAUACACUGUUGUUACUGUAUUGAUAUGGCUUCUUGUAUUGUGCAUCUGGAUUGCCAAACGAGGUAACGGUAUGACUACCAGACAAUUGGCUCAUGAGUGUUUGAUUAUUUAAAGUGAUACCGAGACUGUACAUUGGUUUAUGCCAUGAUGGUUACAACUCUACAUAAACUGUAAGGAAUUUC